AUGCCUGGCCAGGAUAGUGACAAACCUACGCCGAAAAAGAUGAGAGGUCAACUGAUGAAGACGAGUUCUGCAGCACCCGUUUUUUCUGCCAUAUUUGGCGAAUCAGUUAUGCACACGAAGGAAACUGAAUUUCUUGAAGCGGCUGAAAAAGGCGACAUCCAAACAAUCAUGAAAAUUGUAAACGCUGAUGUUAAUUUUAACCUUAAUGUGCUGGACAUAUUCGGUAGAAGUGCCUUAGAAAUAGCUGUUGAAGGGGAAUACAUAGAUAUAGUUGAAUUCCUAUUGCCCAAAUCUAGCAUACAAUGCAUCAAUGACGCCAUGUUGCUGGCGAUCAGCAAGGAUAACGCCCGAUUGACGGAAAUGCUUCUAAAGCAGGACCUGAUGCUCUGUCAGCGCAUGAAACACUUCGAUCUUGAGAGUAUACAGGGCGUUCGGCAUAGAAACAGCCCGCGCUUCUCCCAGGAUAUCACCCCACUUGUGUUAGCUUCGCAGAGAAACAAUUUCUGCCUAGUGAAGCUGUUGCUGAUGCAUGGGGUGUCCAUAAAGAAGCCCUGUCCAUACUUCUGCGAUUGCCAGGGCUGUACGAGUGAAAGGGAGAUUGACUCAGUGAUGCACUCUCGGUCAAGAUUAAAUCGAUAUAUGGGACUCGCAAGUCCAGCAUAUCUCUGCUUCUCCAGAAGUAAAGACCCAAUUCUCUCUGCAUUUCAACUUGCACACGACCUGAAAGAUUUGGCAGGCAUUGAAAAAGAAUACAAGAAAGAAUAUUUCUAUCUGAGUGACCAGUGUGAGAAGUAUGCAAUAGAUCUGUUAGACAUGUGUCGAACGAAAGACGAAGUGAUGACCAUCCUCAACGAAAACGGGACAGGGGAUGCAAGCCAAAACAAAAUAAAGCUUGAGAGGGUGAGGCUGGCUAUCAAAUAUGAGCAGAAGAGAUUCAUUGCAAACCCGAUAUGCCAAAACCAAAUGGAAACAUUAUGGUAUGAGCCAGUGGCAUGGAUACAGCACAGAAACACAUUUCUGAAAAUCUUAUCGCUGUUUCUAUUUGCCCUGUCCCUUCCCUUCCUUCUGGCAAUUUACUUCAUCGCUCCCAAAAGCAAGGUCGCUGAUUUCGUCAGGAGUCCCUUGAUCAAGUUCAUGAGCUCAUCUUCCUGCUACCUGACCUUUUUGUUUCUCAUCAUCGCCUUGGCAACCCGAGACGAGGGUCACUUAUGGUCGGCUGACUUGUGUUGUGACAAAGUUACAAAGGCCCUGUUCGUCUGUAUUAUCGUUUGGGUGAUAGAAUCGAUGAUGCUAAGAAGCAGGCACAACUUCCCCCUACCCCAGCCUCAUCACCUUGCAGACAUGUUCUUCGCUCUGGCAAACGUAUUAAGUUUUACCCGUUUAGCGCACCUUUUGCCCGCCAGUCAACAGCUAGGGCCCCUCAUGAUCUCAUUCGGUCAGAUGAUGAAGGAUGUCACACGCUUCCUGUUUGUAUUUUUCCUUGUGUUCAUGGCAUUUGUAUGUGGUCUGACAAGUCUCUACCAGAUAUAUGUCUGUGAUGAAAACACGCAUUUCAACGAAUUACAACGGUCAAUUGGAAGUUUGUUUUGGGCAACAUUUGGUAUGGGCGACAAAACGUCACCGGAAGUUGCAAUGGAGAAUGUGAAUCUUCUCGAUAAGGACUUUCGUAAAUGGACAGAAACUGUAGGCUCUGUUCUAUUUGCUAGCUAUAUUUUGGCAGGCGUCGUAGUUCUUCUGAAUAUGUUGAUUGCAAUGAUGAAUAAUUCGUUCCAAGAGAUCUAUGAGGACAAAGAUGUCGAAUGGAAAUUCGCUCGAGCCAAACUUAGGAUUCAGUAUUUUGAGCAUGGGAUGACUGUCCCUGCCCCACUGAACUUGAUCCCAAACCCGAAAUACCUAUGCUACCUGUUCCAAUGGGUGAAGAAGAAAGCAUUUGGAGAUAGUACCACUGAGAUCGACAAGAUGGCAUCUGCAUAUAUGAAAAAAGAAGUUAUGCAGCGUCUGGUUCGUCGCUACAUCUACAAAAAUCAGUUCAAAUGCCUUGAUGAGACAUAUGAAGAUGAAGAUGUAAAGGACAACUUGGACCGAGUGUUUGAUAGGAUAGGGAACAUGCAGAUGGAACUUGCGGGUCUUCAUCGCAAGUUAAAAGAGAAAUCGAUCAGAUAUGCAAAAGGUUCUGUCAAGAAGACAAAAUCCACGCCAUGUCAAAAGUCUUCUUACAUGCCUUGCAAAUGUUCACCGCCAUCACCUGAUGAGUAUAUGUAACUGUGACUCUACCCAGGUGAAGUCAAAUAAAUUAACAGCAUAUUAUAAGAGGCAUUUAGAAACUGCAGACAAAUGUUACAACAGAUUCUCUGCUUGUUAUUAGAGCAGUCUGUUAUUUAACAGUUUAAGG